AUGAUAACAAUGAGAGCGUUACGAGUGGGAUCAAGUUUACUUGGUUAUCCAGCUCUCAAAGUUGGAUUAGCAAGACUGGCGUUUGCAAGGUCCAAUUCAAACUAUUGCAAACCUUUAGAAAAAUAUGAACAAUUAGUAAAAUCAAGAAGGCUCAAUGACGACCCGCUGCAGAGAUCUGUCAUUUCAUCACUAAGCAAGCUUUAUGAAUCGCUUGUGGAAUACAAACCACCCCAGGUACGAGAUCCCAAUCCACUGAGUCAACUUGGUUGGAGGGCAAGCUUUUUGGGUAAAAUGCUGCUGCUGCCUAAAUACUCCACAGAGGGCAUUCCAAAGGGGAUCUAUCUAUAUGGAGAUGUUGGUUGUGGCAAGACGAUGCUCAUGGAUCUAUUUUAUUCAACCGUCCCGCCGCAUCUCACAAAGCGCAGGAUGCAUUUCCAUCAGUUCAUGCAAUACGUGCAUAAGCGGUCGCACGAACUUAUUAGCGAGCUCAACCUUGACGCUCUAGGAGGUGCCAAACACAAGGAAAUCGAUCCGAUCCCCUUCCUGGCUACAGAAAUUGCACGCCAAUCGAGGGUACUGUGUUUUGACGAGUUCCAGGUCACAGACGUGGCAGAUGCCAUGGUCCUGAGAAGGCUCAUGACGGCGCUGCUGUCCAAAAAAUAUGGUGUAGUGCUUUUUGCCACCAGUAAUAGGAAACCAGACGACCUGUAUAUCAAUGGUAUUCAACGAGAAUCGUUCGUUCCUUGCAUCGAACUGCUCAAGCAAAGGACCCAGGUAGUCGAACUGGACUCCAAAACUGACUACCGCAAAGUAAGCCGCCCACUUUCUUCCGUGUACUAUUUUCCACCCAAAGGAGUACCCUAUAGGUCGGCUGAGUGUACAGCUGCAAGAGUGCAGCACGUAAAACAAUGGUACGAGUACUUUUCGCAGUUAGAGACCCAUGGACAAGGCAAUGAGCCCCACGAAAUCCACACCAACUUCAAGCUCAAAGUCUGGGGUAGAGAGCUCAAUGUACCGCGGUGUACCCCAGAAAGAGUUGCGCAAUUUUCUUUCAAGGAGCUAUGUGGCAACCCGCUUGCCGCAGGAGACUACUUGGCGCUUUCCAGUGCCUUCAAAUGCUUCGUUGUCACCGAUAUCCCUUAUCUGUCAAUUCAUGUUCGUGACGAAGUCAGGCGUUUCAUCACUUUUCUCGACGCCGUCUACGACAAUGGAGGAAAACUUGCAACUACAUCUGCUGCUCCAUUUCAACAGCUCUUCGUCGAGCCAGAGGCCAUUCAAAACGAUUACAUGCUACGUCCCGUCGAUACCGAGCAAGAAGCAUCGGUGCUGAACUCUAAUAUCUUCACAUUGGACGAAGAGCGUUUUGCCUUCGCUAGAGCUUUGAGUAGAUUGACACAAAUGAGUUCUUUAGAUUGGGUCGAGAGAUAA